AUGUUAUUAGGUCCUGAACCUGAUGACACAGAUCGCCCGGAUUCUAUGAAUCGCCCGGAUUCUAUGGAUUGCCCGGAUUCUGUGGAUCGCCCGGAUUCUAUGGAUUGCCCGGAUUCUGUGGAUCGCCCGGAUUCUGUGGAUCGCCCGGAUUCUGUGGAUCGCCCGGAUUGUAUGGAUCGCCUGGAUUGUAUGGAUCGCCAGGAUUGUAUGGAUCGCCAGGAUUCUGUGGAUCGCCCGGAUUCUGUGGAUCGCCCGGAUUCUGUGGAUCGCCCGGAUUCUGUGGAUCGCCCGGAUUCUGUGGAUCGCCCAAAUUCUAUGGAUCGCCCGGAUUCUGUGGAUCGCCCGGAUUCUGUGGAUCGCCCGGAUUCUGUGGAUCGCCCGGAUUCUGUGGAUCGCCCGGAUUCUGUGGAUCGCCCGGAUUGUAUGGAUUGCCAGGAUUCUGUGGACCGCCCGGAUUCUGUGGAUUGCCCGGAUUUUGUGGAUCGCCCGGAUUCUGUGGAUCACCCGGAUUGUAUGGAUCGCCCAGAUUGUAUGGAUCGCCAGGAUUGUAUGGAUCGCCAGGAUUCUGUGGAUCGCCCGGAUUCUGUGGAUCGCCCGGAUUCUGUGGAUCGCCCGGAUUCUGUGGAUCGCCCGGAUUGUAUGGAUCGCCCGGAUUCUGUGGAUCGCCCGGAUUCUGUGGAUCACCCGGAUUGUAUGGAUCGCCCGGAUUCUGUGGAUCGCCCGGAUUCUAUAGAUCGACCCUGA